CUACUUUGGAACGAGUUGGAAGAACGAUUAAACAGUGGUACCUAGGUACCUAUUUUGUAAAUAUUGUAUUUAGUAUUAUUAUCGAUUUGCCAGUUUUUCAGAUUUUCAAGGAAUACAAAUAUCAGUUGUAUCAUUUAUCUUAAGUGAUUACAUCAGCUAUAUAGCAGUGAGUUUUCUACUUACACUGAGUACACAUUAUAAGUUUUUAAUUUGGACUUUAGACUGAAAUUUAUAUACAACAAAUAGUUAUUAUGUCUCAACCACACAGAAAAGCUGUACUCAAUCUUUACAAGACGUUAUUAUACUUAGGGAGAGAUUGGCCUCAGGGUUAUGACCUCUUUAGAAAACGAUUGCAUAAAGUGUUUACGAAGAAUAGUGAAGAGACUGAUCCAAAAAAAGUUGAAAUGAUGAUAAAACAUGGUGAAUUUGUCACUAAAGAAAUUGAAGCCCUGUAUAAAUUGAAAAAGUAUAGGACAUUAAAACGUAGGUAUUACGACGACAAUUAAAAUAUUUUUUUAAAUUGAUGCUGCAUAAUGUAAAUAUCUCAAUAACAAACCAUUGUAGCAAUGUUAUCUGGAUUAAAUUCCAACUGUUAAAGUUUUUAGGUUUUGUUACAUAGAUGCAAAUAUAAUUGGAUUAAUAUAAUUUUUAAUACAGUUUCGUUUUUGAAUUGAAACUUUACUUCACACAACAUCAAAAUAUACCUAUGAAGAAAAUAAUAUGAAAUUGUCAUCACUAUAAUAGUUAAUAUAUAUUUUAGAAUAUUAUUCUUUAUAUUGUUGUGCUUAAGUAAUCCAAAAAAGACAGACAAUCAUUGAAAAAAAUAAUUAAAUUUAAACAAUAAUCGAAUAUGAAUUCUUUUAUGGUGUGUUACAAUAUUUACUUAAUAUUUUGAACAAAGUUUGCAGUAUCUUUGUAUCAUAUCCCACCCUCCGAAUGUUAGGUUCUGAUACAAUUUAAAUACUCAAGUCAAAUUUUAUUUAACCAAUUCAAAUAAUAUAAAUGUACUUAAUAAAGGAAAUAUAAACGUCAUGUAUAAACACAUCCUGAAAUGUAAUUUCAGGCUGAUAUUAUUUCCAGUAACUAUAAUCUUGAAAAACUAUAUUACAUAAGUCUUUGAUAAUAUAUUUAUAAUUUUUUAAUAUAGGUUUUAUUAAGAACAUGGCCUUAUGUCGUAUAAGGAGUUCAAGGAACAAUUAUACAUACUGUUAAUAUUUUUUUAUAAAGAAAUAAAACACUAACUUCUAUGCUAUUAUUGUAUUAUAGACACUUUAAAUUGUUACAUAUUGUCAAAUCUACAUACCUUUAUAGUGAUAUUUUUAAAUGAUACCUUAUUUUGAUUAAUAAACUAUGUUUAAUUUAA